AUGUCGAUGCAGGCGGAUUCUACUUCAGAACGUUUUGCGCGACAGUUGCCCAUCUGGGGCGACUACGCCCAGCGCCUGCUACAGCGAGCGCGUGUUGUUGUCAUCGGUGGAACAAGCUCCGCAGCGGAGGCGAUCAAGUGCUUGGUACUAGGCGGGGUCGGCUCGAUUCUUCUGGCAGAUAGUGCUCGGAUCACGCCCGCAGACACGGAGGGCAACUUUUUCUUACCACCUUGGACGGUGGGCGAGUGGCGUGCGACUGCUCUGUUGCGAUCUUUGGUGAAGCUGAGCCCGACGACGCGGUUCACGGCACGACUGGGCACUGCUCAAACUCUAGUGAACGAGUGGACGACACUCCAGCCUCUUUCCAUGGUUAUUCUGACGGAGGGUACCACCGCAGAGAAGCAACAGCUUGCAAAAUUUUGUUGGUAUUCAGCGAUACCUCUAUUCAUUGUCAGCGUUCACGGUUUCGGUGGCUCCUUGAUACCCCAGUUCCCAGAGCGUGUCUUUUUCCGGUCGACAGGAUUGCGCCCGGCGGUGCACACAAUAGAAUAUUUGCAAGCCAUUCGUGUGAUGAAUCCUUUCAAUGCCCUAGCGGAGUGGUGUACGAAACGUUUCUGGCCUCUGCAGCAAUGGAGUCCAUCGCAGCUCGCAGCUAUCCCCUGGCCGGUGCUCGUGGUUUUAGCGCUGCAACAGGCCAAUCGUAGUAUGCGGCCGGAAAACCGCGAUCCCAGGCAAUCCACAAACACCGACCGUGCAACUACAAGUGAUGGAUGUCGGUGCACGGAAGCAGAGGAGCGCGAACACCGUCACGAGCCGACCGAAGCCGGUGGGGCGCUAACCCAGGCCGCACUGCCGCGUGAACGUCAGAGUCGGGGCGCGGGCGCGCUCCUGGUACCCGGCUGUUUUUCCGCAGUAUCUGGAGGUUCCGCGUCCGAAGCCGUAUCUAGUCGAAUCGAACGGGCAUUGAUAUUGCUGCGAAAAUGGGAACCAAGCGAGCUGACGUCAGCGAACUGGAAUAUGGCGGUCGCGGCUCUGCAGAAAUUGCGUACUGCGAGCACAGAUCCGGAUCCGAGGAUCAUUCGAGAAUCCUGCUCCUUGCGUAAUCGUCAGCUUACGCGAAUACUGGAGGCGACCAGAGCCUUUGCCACCCAGCACGGUUGGCCGGUAUUUAGCGAUCUUGGCGAACUCCACGGCGAUCCAGAGAGCGUCCACGAAUUACGACGCCUCUAUUGGGAGCAGGCGGAACACGACAUCGAGACUAUCUGGCGGCUCGUGCGGGCAGACCCGAUGGAGGCCGAAGCGCCGGACUCUAUUUCGAAGGAGCUUGUUCGAGAGGUUUGCUCGAACUUGUUUUUCAUGAAGACAUGGCGCACGCAACCGUUUUACUGCCUAUAUGAAGACGCGGCGGUGGAGAAACCGCAGCUGGCUCCACCAACGACAGCAGCACAACGCAGAGCAGCAUCGUUGUUUCUCGCCCUGAUUGCUCAUGAGUGCUGCCAAGAGCUGGACCGGACCCAGCAGCUUGUGCGACGUCACGGUGCGGAUGCUGUGCUGCUCGAGGAAGCCCAGCGAAUUGCCAGGCUCUGGAGCUGGCCGCCCGACCUGAUUGAUUCCGUGCGUCUGCGUCAUCUCGCGGAGCUGUUUGCCGAGGAGGAGCAUCCCUCCGUGCCCAUAAUGCUCGGCUCAUUUGCGGCACAGGAGGCCAUCAAACUCGUCAUUCAAUUAUUCGAACCCUUGACGACGAUACUGGUGUAUGACGGUCUCGCCGACAAAGCCGAUCUCCUGCACCCCGCGGUUGCAUCAUAG